CGAGUGGAGAGGAAUAAAAGCGGCGUCGGGCGUGGGGAGGCCACAACAUGCUUUCGUGCUUUCUUCCAGCCCGCACUAGCUCCAACAAGAGCGACCACCAGCGACAACCGUCGUCGUCGUCCCUUCAGAGUCGCAGGAGCAACCUGAGCGCAAUGGACCUGAUGUACCUGCCCGACACCUACAGCUACAACUACUAUAACUACGAGGACGACCGCAUCCUUUGGGGCCCUGACAAGUCCAAAUCCAAAGUGGAGGAAAAACCAAGGCACAAGACGACUUCAAAGUCGGGCGACCACAAAAACUGCCCGAUGUGUAAAGCAAACCAGCGCCGCCGACUUAACAAUUACAUUCGCAGCAAGUCGCGGCAGGACAGCGAAAGCACGAUCGAGGAAGAGGAUGAAGAGGAGGCGCAAGGGAAAUAAAGUGCAUGCGAAGAACGGACUUGGAACAGAGCCACAAAAUGUGGUGUUGGCUUCUAACCAGUGGUGUCGCCAGAGAUAAGACUUGAUUGCUAUAUUUUACUGAUAGGAGAACUGCAAUUGUUUGGUACAAAAAUGCCCGCACUAAAUCUUAGAGUAGUGAAUUCUGUUCCUAAAAAGGACUUAUCUGUUAAAUUAAGUAUUUUAAUUAAUUUUAAUGCUUAUUAUUUAUUUUGUUUUUUACAAACUGAAAAAAAAGGAUUAUAUCAUUGAUUGAAUUUGUUAAAUAAUUAGUUAGUUAUAAUUUUCCUGUGUAUGUUUUGAAUGUAUAGGAAAAUAAUAAUUGUGGCUACACUGUUAUAAUAUUAUUUUUUCAAGCAUUUAAUGUGCCUAAAAUCGGUUUGGGAAUUGAAUAAGUCUGAUUUCACUUAAAACGUCUGAAAUAAAUAAAUAAAUAAACGUCAACUUUAGACAUGCAAAAUCAUAAAAGAACUGCGUUUUGAUUUCACUCUAAUACCCUUGGGCUUGAAGAUUGUUCUUAUAAAUUGCUAUUAGUCUAGCGUCAAAGAGCAAUCAAGCAAUGUUUACGGCAGCCACUCAUGCACGCCGGACAGUGACUUCAGUUCCUCUUAUUUCGCAAGCUCUCGGCUAUAAAUAAUAUGCAUUUGUUGAAUUCAAGCCACCUAUUUUCCGUGUAUGCACGGGAUAGCCACGUUGGGGCUCCUUCUGGUGAUGCUGGCAGUCACGCGCAUGUCCCUUUGCACACCAACGCAAAAGUGUUGGCUGACAAAAAAGAGGCGCAGCGACGGGUGAAAACAAACAGUUUAAAAAGGCGAAGUGCGUUAUCAGAUAACACACUUGUAAAAAUGAAGCCGCAGAUAGGCAAAAAGGACGUACCACGCAAUAACAACAAUAAUGGUUCGUGUUGUUCGUGUAAGGGAAAUUCGCUGACUGGGGCCAGCACUACCUGCGUCAACAAAUUCUGCAAAAAUUCGAAUUGCAAAUGCGGAAGAGCGUGCAAGUGCGGUCAGGUGGUUGUCAGGAUGACGAUGGGCUCGCCAUUUUCUUUCGAUUUUCACUAACUUAUUGUAAUUUUUAUACUAUUGGAUUUACCAAAACUAAUAAGCUCUGUUAGGCUUUAAAUUAAACAAAAUGUUUUAAAAACGUAA